CUGCAGUCACUCAGCUGAAAUUACAUGUUCACGAUCAUAAUACGAUCAAAGUGAGCUGGCACAGACCCUCUACAUUCAACGGACCUGAGGAAAAUACAUAAUACAACUAAAAACAGCUGAUGAUAAGGAAGUGAGAAAGAAGGGGACGCAGAGUUGUACAAAAUGUGAAGUUGAAUUCAAAGAUCUGAGCUACUCUACGACCUACAAAGUGAAGGUGACGGCUCACAACGGACACUAUGAGAGUGACCCUGAAAUAAACCAAAUCAGCACUUUCUACAACAACAGAGCUGUUACUGGGUUUCGUGUCUUCCUCGUCAUCCUCACGUCUGUGGCUCUGCUUUUUCUCACCUACAAGUUCUACAUUCAGAAGCUCAGAAAGUCCACAAAUGAUGUGAAUGACGACAUGGAACUUGAAGCAAUUUAUGAGAACGGACAAACUCCUGGAUCACGUCAUAAAGAAGCUCACUGAUCAAGAAAGACAUCACGGAGCAGCAAAGUCUGUCACCAUUAACUCUUUAUUGUUUGGUGAAGAAACCACAAACUCCUCACCUCCACGCACAACCGCAAAUGCUACAGUAGUUAGUCCAUCAGUGAAUUCAGCUGCCACGUCUGCAACCAGAGCUUCUCCUGCAAACACCUCAAAUGAGACCUCACUCACACCCACUCCACCCAGCAGCUCAUCUGACUCUCAGGCCUCACCUACAGACACCACAGUGACAGCUCCCACUGCAGCCACCGAGACGACUCCUGAGCCUCCAAAGUGUUCCUACACUGUCACACCCAUCGAGUUUGGACUGCAGAUUAACCUGAUGAACUUCACCCCUGGUGAAUACAACAUUAGUAUUAUUGAAGGAGGUCGACGAGUGAUUAACAAGACGGUCAUUAAUCAGUCUGGUCAACACAACAUCCAACACCUGAAGCCCUGCACUGAAUAUGAGCAUGAAGUUACAUUUAUUCACAGUGAUGGCAAUAAAACACUCCAGUGUACCUGCAAUGGAAAUAAAACUAAAACAAAAGAAAUGAGUGAGACAGACAUUACAGUGCAAAGCAGCAUAAAUGGAUGUGUUUGUUACCAGAGUAACUGGGACAUCAGCUCUUCAAUAUCAGCACCAAAUGUAACUUCAGCUGAUCAGUGCAGCAGUGACGGUAAAAGCUUCUGUGUCGAACACGGAGACGUUUGCUCUGAUUUUGAAACAACCUUCACUUCAGGAAACUGUCCUUCACUUAGCAUCACCACAAACAUCAUUGUUGAUUUAUAUAAUUCAAGUGAAAGUAAACUGAGUGGUCCCACUGGACUUCCUGCAAAAAUUGAUCCAAUGUCACCAACUAUAUCAGAGUGUAAAAAUAUCACAGUUAAUUACACUUGUUCAGAAAAAGACAAACCUGAUGAGGUGAACAAACUGCUGUCUGAGCUGGAGCCCUUCACAGAAUACAUCUGUACUGGUCUGAUCUUAAACAACAACAUCAGGACCAAUAGGACAACUCCACCCGUCCACCUUAACACUGACUGUGAUCUUACAAUAAACAUGGAGAAGGAAACAACCAAUACUUCCAUUAAUCUGAGCUGGAAAACAACCAGUAAGAACUGUGACAGUGUCCUUCAUACACGUUACAAUCUCUCAUAUGACUGCAGUUGUUCUCCCAGUGAGAAAACAAGAAUCACAGAGCUUCAGCCUGAUGGAGGAACGUGUGAUAUUACUGGACUCAAAGCAUUCACUGAUUAUAAAUGUGGAGUCCAACCCAAAUACAACGGCAGGACAGUUUCCAAUAAAAAGGAAGUUACACUAAAAACUGACCCUGGAGUACCCGACGGGCCCUCUAAAGUGACUGUGACUGUGCCAGAGAAUAAUGUGAUUAAAGUAGAGUGUUCCCAUAGAGGCAACAUUAGAGGGCCAAUAGAAAAAAGAAGAUUCAUAGCACGUCUUCAUCCUGGUGGUGAAAACAAACCACAGAAUAAAACAGAGUGUAAGUUUGAAUUCAAAGAUCUGAGCUACUCUACAGACUACACAGUGGAGGUGACUGUUUUCAACGGAUACUUUGAAAGCAAACCCGGCAGAGAAACUGCUCACACUCGCUACAAUGACAAAGCUGUCAUUGGUUUUUUGAUCUUCCUCAUAUCCGCCGCUCUGCUUCUGGUGGCCUGCGUGUGCUACAGGAAGCUCAGAAAGCGUAGGAGUGACGUGGAUGAAAAUCUGGCCUCAGAAGCAAUUUACAUGAACACACGACCUCCUGGGUGGCAUCAUAAAGAAGCUCAGUAACCAAGAACAUCACAGAGCAUCAAACUAAAUCUCCAUAAACUCUUUAUCUUUAGUAUUUAAGUUGUUCAGUCUUCAUUUGGUCAUUUUUCCAUUUUAGCAAUAAAAAACUAUUUUGUUUACAUUAAGCCCAAAGCUCC